AUGUGGCGGUGUUGUGGCCGAUUGCAAGUUGCGUUGCUGCGGGAGCGGUGGGCCUUGACUGCUUCACCGACAGGCGUUGCAGUGCGGCUGCAUGGCGCACCGACCACCGAGCCGUGCGAGUGCCACGCCCAACGCCAUUGGGACUGCGGGACGAAACAGCUGCAGCGUCGGAGCCAGCGACAUCUGUGUUGGCUCCGA